AUGCUAAUUAUGAACAAUAAACUUACUGCUAUAUGCGAUCCGUAUCUCAGAUUUACAAAACUUAUUGGAGAGAUGACGGACACAUACCUUGAUAUGGUUAAGACAUACUUUGAGGAUUACAUUGCAUCUGACGCAUCUAAGGCUAGGACCUUAUUAGGUAACUUAUCAAUUGACAUUUAUGACAAAAUUACAUCCGUGUGUUCAAAGGCACAAUUAAAAGAUUAUAAGAAGUGCAAUUUCCUAGAUGACAGUAGAAUUAAGGAGAAAUUGAUAACGUCUACUUUAAACGAUCAUAUCAGAUGGAAGUUGAAUAAGCAUAAGGACUGGACUGUAGAAGAGAUGAUGAAAUUAGGAGUUGAGUUAGAUGGUAGCAAUAUUAAACCAGACGUUAGCGAUACAAAUUAUGUAGACAAUGAUAAAAAAUUGGAUAAAAAUAAAAAAAUUUCUAAUUCAAAUAUUGAUAAAAUACUGCAAAAAGAAAAUAAUUUUAAUUGUAAUGGACGUAACACUCGUAGGGAAAAUUUUGAUUUUAAGAAGAGGAAUUAUAAUGAUUUUAGGCCUAAUGAUAAUGCUAGCCGAAACUAUCAAAACAAUAAUUUUCGAGACAGUGUGGGUAACUCUAGAAAUUUUCGUAAUAACCAAUCUUCGAACAACAAUUCAAACUAUAAUGGAAGAAACUCCAUGUGGCACAAUAACAAUAAUGCAAACAAUUAUGAUAGAAACAAUGCCUGGCAAAACAAUAAUAACUUUGGGAGAAACAUCUCCUGGUCUUACAACAACCAAAGAAAUCAGAAUCAAGAUGAUGAUCGAAAUGGUAACCGAUAUGAAUCCUACAAUUAUAACAAUAAUAGUGAUGGAGGAAACAAUACAUGA